CCUGCUCGCUCAGUCGCCAUGGGAACCAGAUUCUUCAGGGCUGGGAACAGAUGCGCCUUCUUUGGCCUUUUCGCUCCCACUAGCACUGGGUGGAGGGGGGCAGCUACCUCCCGGAGUCGUGACUUGGUAGUCACUGAGCUCAGUCCCUCCGCCCCCCUCCACGAUCCUAGUACCACUCCCCCGUAGAACCAGUCUCCCGGGGCUGCGACAGCCCCCUCCUACCCCCUGAUGCGGCUGGCAGGGCCCCUGAGGGCUCACGGUAGUGAACUGACAUCCUCGGCGUCCCUCUUCCCCCAGGAGUGCUUCCCCUUUUCUGGGCAGGGUUCCCGGGCAGCUGCGACCUUGCCGGGCCGGCCCCACCGGCUGGGGAGGUGGUGGAUAGCACACACCUCCCCCGUUUUACACACGGGGACACGGAGGUCCCGGCGCGGAUCUAAGCGGGGUGGGGGCUGCCUCGGGGCUCUCCUCCACCUCUCCGUGAGUCACCGCCCCAUGUGGACUCCUGCUCCCUCUCCCGGGGAGCUGGGAGGGGGAGGGGACAGAGGAGCUGGUCUGAGCAGGCCCUGCCCCCCCAGGCCCCUCCUCCUAGCUUCACGAUGCAGCCCACGCCCACCACGGCCACUGCCGCCGGCGCCGCCACCACGGUUGCCCUGACCUCGAGGUGGGACAACGCCACCGGCAGCCCCACCGCGGAGCCUGACCCCAUCCUGGACAACUACGUGCUGCUGGUGGUGGUCAUGUCGCUCUUCGUCGGUGGCGCGCUAGUGGUGCUGUCCGGCGUGCUGCUCCUAUGCAGGCGCUGCUGGGAGGCCCACCGGCGCUUCAACAGAGCGACGGAGGAAGCAGAGAAGACCACCACCACCUACCUGGACAACGGUGCUCACCCGGCCCAAGACCCCGACUUCAGGGGGGAGGACCCUGAGGGCCAGGAUGCCGAGACGGAGCGCUUCCUGUCCACCAGCUACACCGGCCGCCGGGUGUCCUUCAAUGAGGCAGCCCUGUUUGAGCAGAGCCGGAAGUCACAGGACAAGGGCCGCCGGUACACCCUGACGGAGGGGGACUUCCACCACCUGAAGAAUGCCCGCCUCACCCACCUGCACCUACCACCCCUCAAGAUCAUUACAAUCCACGAGUGCGACCUGGGUGAAGUCAGCACAACCACCCCUCCCCACGCUGCUGCCACCCCCAAGGCCAACCUCGCCAUAUUCCAGCCCCCGGGGAAGGCCCUCACCGGCCGCUCCGUGGGCCCCAGCUCCGCCCUGCCAGGUGACCCCUACAACUCAGCCGUGGGCCCUGCUGACUUCGAGAUCAGCCCCUUGGCAUCCAGCGACUCCGGGGAAGGCACCUGGUUGGAGGCAGGUACCAGGAGCACUAAGCCUGUUGGGCCAGCGGCCACGACAGGACCCAGGGAGGCAGGCCCAGGCUCCGGGGCCGGACCUGUCCUGCAGUUCUUUACCCGCCUGCGGCGCCAUGCCAGCCUGGAUGGGGCCAGCCCCUACUUCAAGGUCAAGAAGUGGAAGCUGGACCCCAGCCAACGGGCAUCCAGUCUGGACACUAGAGGCUCCCCCAAGCGGCACCACUUCCAGCGGCAGCGAGCAGCCAGCGAGAGCACAGAGCAGGAGGAGGGGGACGCCCCCCACGUGGACUUCAUCCAAUACAUCGCCAGCGCAGGCGAGGCUGUGGCCUUCCCGCCCCCCCACCCCCUUCUGGCCAGCCCCACCAGCCCAUCCCCCACUCUCGGCAGGUAUUUUUCAGUAGAUAGAAGUGCUAGGGGUGGACCUGUGGGCCAGCCCAGCCCAGUCCCCCCCCAUUGUCCUGGGGAGGGCUCUCCCCACCCUGCAGACAUGCGGUCACACUCCAGGCCCACCAUCCCUCCCGGAGGCUGUCUCACUGGGGCCACCUCUCCAGCAUGCAUCACGAGAGGGAAACGGGGGGAGAGGGGGUAAGGGCAGAGGGGCAGGUGGGGCCCUGGACCAUGGCCCCAGGGUCCCCAAGACAGGAUGCCUGCCCAGUUAGGGCUGCCAGGGGUAUGUGCCUGCUUGGAUGUUACCGCUUCCUGGUGGAGUCCACGGCCUGCUGGGCUCCGCUGGGGCCUGGUGCUCCUUCCCACCUGCUCAUAUUCCUGAGGGCUGCAUGGCCCCUUCUCAGAAACUGACCCCUUCUGCCCGCAGCACCCCACUACCCCCUCAGUGGAUGGGGGUGUUGGGGUGAUGAAGUCCAGGUGUAGACGCUGAGUGGGACUGCACCUGGUCCAGUCCCUCCCAUGCCAAUCCCUUCUACACUAAGACCUUAGGAAAAAAGUAGCUUCGCAGCAGAAUGUUCACUCUCUCUAGGUGAAGAGCCAGCCACAGACACUGGGAAAAGUGACCUGGUUGAAAAGCAGGUGCCAGGAAGGCUCAGGUUUACCCAGAAAACAUACCCUGUGCAACAGGGACUGGCGGCAUUUUUUUAAAAAAUUCAUUUUCCUCAGAGCCUGGCCAAACCUAGGGGGCCCCCGCCCAUGCCCACCCUUCCGGACCCAGAGUCGGGGGGCUGGGGAGCAAAUGCAGGGGCGCGCACAGCCUUCUUGACUGCUGCGGCCUGGCUUGCAGGCUAGAGGCAGCCGAGGAGGUGGGCGCCACGGGAGGAGCGAGCCCCGAGUCUCCCCCAGAGCGCAGCGGCGGUGUGGGGCCUGAGCAGCCGCAGCAGGAAUCUGAUGGUGAGCGGGACUCGGGGCCAGAGCAGGCCCAGACCAUCUACCGGGAUAUCUGGAGCCUGCGUGCGUCUCUCGAGCUGCACGCCGCGGCCGCCUCGGACCACAGCAGCAGUGGCAACGACCGCGACUCGGUGCGCAGCGGAGACAGCUCGGGCUCAGGCUCCGGGACCACCGUGCCCACCUUCCCACCUUCCUCGCCGCCGCCCACACCUCGGUCCGCGGAUAGCGAGGCGGGAGGUCCGCGGAAGCUGCUUCAGAUGGACAGCGGCUACGCCAGCAUCGAGGGCCGCGGCGCGGGCGAGGACGGGCUCCCCAGCGCGUCCGAGAAGCGCUCUUCCUU